AUGCAAUACACGAGGCUCGUCUGGGACGCAUGGUACCACUCGUUUUCUUUCCAAAGCCUCGUGGUCACUGAGCCUGGCAACAUUUGUACACGCUCUAUCUGGUCACAAUUCCGACUCCUGAUGGCCGAGAGCGUCAUAGUGCUUUGGUGGCACAUUCUGGAAGUCAAAAAAUUGGGCGGGAACGGCAAAGGAUCGGGACACAAGACGGCGUACUGCCGACCUGUCGGAACUUUGAAGAUGUUUAUAGGUUUGGAAGAUCAAGAGAGAAUGAGUGAGAUCGAGGGAGAGAGAGAGAGAGAGAGAGAAGAGCGGUUACCGAACAUAUAUCGUCAGGACUGGCCAUCGGGUUGA